AUGAGCACAACAAAGCUCCCUCCGCCUCCACCUUCACCUCAACACCAUGUACAGAACAGAGAUGCCGCUUAUGGUGGCAAAACGACUGCGAGGAUGAACAAGGGGAAGAUUAUGAGGAAGCUGCUUGGCCAGCCAGCACCUUCUCAGACCCAGAGUACCGACCAGACCAUCGCAGACCUUUCUCAACUUCGCCCUAUUACUUCGCAAAGCACGAGUCACCACAUCGGCGCGCCUAUCGCAUGUCUUGACCGAUCUCCAGACGGACACCGCGCAGUGAUUGCAGGAGCUAAGGUCUUCAAAAUUAUACGUGUUGAGGGAUCAACAAUCAAAGAGGAAACCGAUCUACGAGCUGGAAUUAUUUCCUAUGCGACAACGCAUGAUUUGACCGCCGCAACACACGAUCAACUCAAUAUCAGGGCGGUAAAGUGGUCGCAUGGCGUGCUAGAUUCAACCAUCAUAACGGCGUCUGGGAAUGGGAGAAUUACAGUAUAUGAUCUCAAUCAUGGAGGAGAGGGGUAUGAGGUGGCGCGCAUACAAGAGCACGCCCGACAAGUUCACAAACUCGCUAUAAACCCAUUCAGAUGUAAUUGGCUUCUCUCUGCUAGUCAAGAUGGGACAGUACGCAGUUUCGAUUUACGAACUCCCCCGGCUGGACGACAUGGUCACAAUCCUGCUUUCAGAACAUCACAAAUUUUCAAAUGUAAUGCAGAUGCGGUGCGGGACGUAAAAUGGUCGCCAACAGAUGGCAUGGAGUUUGCAUGUUGCACAGACUCAGGCUCAGUUCAGAAAUGGGACAUGAGAAAGACUGGUGCGCCACUACUCAAAAUUCCUGCCCAUCAGACCUCUUGCUCUUCAGUUUCAUGGCACCCAGAUGGAGAACAUCUUGUGAGUGGAGGUGCUGAUCAGCUGUGUCAUGUAUGGGAUUUGGGAAAGAAGGCCGACCGAAAUCAGAAACCACGAUAUACAUUUACAACUCCAGCCCCAAUAUCAACGGUAUCGUGGAGGCCUGCCUGCUGGUCAGCAACAGCUCAAGGAUACAGAGCGGCGCAAGUUGCUGUCGCAUAUGAUGACUCUAGCGCUACGAAGACGCAAAAUUCAACAGUUCAUCUCUGGGACCUCGCUAGACCAUCUCUGCCCUUCAAAGUAAUUGAGCAAUGGGGUAGCGCUCCAACUGGCUUGUUGUGGAGCUCAAGAGACCUUUUAUGGAGUGUUGAUAAAGACGGACGUUUUACCCAGACUGACGUUGCUUUCAUGCCGAAAGUCAUAGACCGUAGAAGCCUUUCUACUUUCAGUUUCUCCCCUUCUGGUGAUGUUUUAAUGAUGCUUGAAGAACGUCAAACAGCAAGAAGGCGUUCCCGUCCCACCAUCACACCCUCUGAAGUUUCUCCAAGUUUUGAUAGUGGCAGUGGACCGCUGUUGAGUGUCAGUAGAAGUGAUUCUGAAGAAGACGUUGUUGGCAGCUUCCUGGGAUCAAGACCACGAAAAACUAAAAAAAGACGAAACAGUACAAAGUCAUUUAGCUCUACACCACCCACUACCACAGGAAUGGCUGAACACAAGGUCAUGCCCUUGGAUGAUGCGGUGAAAACAACGGGAAUCUACAAAUCUCAACAAGUGAUGGCCGUUGGCCAUGCCCCUGGUACUACAAAGCGUGUGACAUAUCGACAUCUUUCAAGUGGAUAUCUGAUACUCUUAGACAAGUAUAUACGUCAAGAAUCAAAGCCUGGCGACCCUAGUGUUCAGUUAGCACACCUCACCAAUAGUUUUGCGGAAAUAUCUGAAGGUGUUGGCCAUUAUCGUCUGGCUCAAACAUGGAGACUUCUUGGUUACACUGUUGGUCUCCUUCUCACAAGACGUGCAGAAUAUCAUCGACAACAGAGGCUCCUGCCAGAGACUCCCCCAAAGAAUGAACAAGCUUCAGAACCGCCGAUUGCACCCAAGCCCCGUGGUCAUGAGAUUCGGAGGAAACGAAGAGGCUGGGAGACUCCUCAAAAGAAAAGUCGGGCUCCUAGUCCUGUUCCAACUCCUCCUCGACACCAUUCAGCAAUCACCAUUAUACCGGACGAUAUAGAAAGCACUUCAAACGUGGCCACUCCUCUCGUACGCCCUGUCCGUGACCAAAUUGUAUCGCAGACAAGAGAAGCAAUGCAUACAUCGAUAAACGUAGACGACGACGUUCUGAGCCUCUCCACAACGCUAUUACCCUCAACGCCGAGUCCAAUACCUGUUCCUGGUGCAGUACAAAAUAACGUCGAGAGCUCUCCUAGUAUAGAUGAUUAUGAUUUUUAUGGAAUCGACUCGGUUUCUCCAGUGGUUAAUUUUAAUGCCCCACAAAGAAAGCCCCCUCUAAGGCUCGAUUAUCCAAUUGAGCGCGAUUCGCAACCGAUCAUACAUCCACUUCAGCGCCAUGAUUCUGGUGAGAGCUUUCAAAUGUUUUCAACGUCAAGUGAUUCGCAGCAAACCAAAUUCCUAAGCUCCUCAACCAGUGAUCAAGGACAACCACAAGGUGUUUCAUUAAGGGAUCGAGUUUCGACUUGGGAAAAUAGUCUUUCAUCUCAGCCUAGACGUCGCCUCGACUCAGAAACCCUUACAGAUGCUACUGAUGUCACUGAUGGUAGUUCGGUCGUACAAACUGCAACAAGUUCUGUUGCCGCCAGCACAGAGGGCCAUGGUGGGGUUUCUUUUGAUCCGGCAGUCCCACCGGUUUUUCACUUACAAGAACCGUCAUUGCAAUCAGAAACCCAGGCGAUCGAAUUGAAGCCCGUUGAAGUUCCUCCUGCCAGCCCGGUCGCCACGGAGAAGCCACCUGCCGACCCCAACAUCAUCGAAUCUGACUUCCUACCCCAGCCCAAUGAUCCUGGAUUCUCAUUUGCUCCUCUUGAUCCCAUAACUUUACUUGAGCGGUCCAUAGAAUUCGAAUGCCAAAGUGGUUCCCUAACUGCUGCUAUAAUGGUCCUCCUCUUUGUCCCCCUUCUUCCUCCAGACACCAUCGAUCCUAUUUGGGCCAACGCAAUUAUGGGACAAUACCACCAUCGACUUACGCAACUCCUACUCUUCGUCGAAGCUGCCAUGCUGCGUAAUCUUUGUGUGUCAAGAUACCCAUCCGUAUUUGCCAUGUCACAGCAGAAUGUCAAUUUUGGGUUCUUCUGCACCGAAUGUGAAAAGCCCUUCGAUAACGACCCCUUGAUCCCUAAUUCUCAGUGGUGGUGUCCGAGAUGUAGGGGUCCUAUCGACGGUUGUCCGAUAUGUAAACAUAGGGAGUUACAAGAUGUCAACGGUUAUGAGGGAGAGGAUGAAGAGGCUUCGAAAUUGAAUUUAUGGUGGUAUUGUCCUGGCUGUGGCCAUGGAGGCCAUGCGGCUUGUAUGGAGGCUUGGCAUGGACCUUCCAAUUCAUCAUCAUCAAAGUCCAAAAUCAAUACAAGCAAUUCUUCUAUGGAACGUCCGACGAACUCAGAUGGCUGUUGUCCACUUGAAGGAUGUUUGCACCCUUGCCUUCCUGGUCCUUGGCGUACAGAAUUCUAUAAUCAGAAGAAGGCUAUAAAGGGGAGGGAAAUGAAUGCUGCGAUCAGGGAGAGUUCUCGAUUGACCCCUAUGGGGAGGGGAGCUGCACUCGGCAGGGGGAUUGUAAGAAGAGAUGAUAAAGAAGUCACGCAAAGUAAGGCUGUUGAGGGGGUGAGAAUUGCUUUGGGUGUACGCGUAGGAGGGGAGGGAAGGUUGGAGAGGAAGAAGAGUGUUAAGCUCGUUAUUCCCGGAGAGGAUGGAGCUUGA